AGAGAGAGAGGGAAGGAGAGAGAGAGAGAGGGAAGAAGAGAGAGAGAGAGAAAUGAGGGAGAGACAGAGAGAGAGGAAGGAGGUGAGGAUGCACAUCAAGCAGUUCGGGACUCAGAGCCGUCGCGGCAGCAAAGCGCUGCGCUCCAACUGUAUGGAUGUUAAUAAGGCAGAGAAAUAAAGGCGGUUGGAGCGGGCGGUGCGGUGCGUGCGGUGCGUGUGGCCGGGCUGCGGUGGAUCCCUGCCGGCCACGGCGUGAAUGGGAUUCCUCAGGUUGCUCCAGAUCCCCUGAAGGUCCUGCUGCUCCUGCUGCUCCUGCUGCUCCUGCUGCUCCUGCUGCUCCUGCUGCAGGAAACAUGCGUCUGCAGAGUUUUUCGGUCCCCCCGUUGCUGCUGCUGCAGCUGCUGCAGCUGCUGCUGCUGCUGCUGCUGACUGGGAUUUGCAGCGGCACAAGUUUCCCAAGUAACAUAAACAUCGGAGGCCUUUUCCCCACUGGGUCCCAUGAGUACGAAGUGUUUCGUUUCGCCCUGGCACAACAUCAGGACGUCCCCAAACUGGUGCCACAGGUGGACAUGGUGGACAUUGGAAGCAGUUUUGCCAUGACUUAUGCUUUCUGUUCCCAGUUCUCUAAGGGCGUGUACACCAUCAUGGGCUUGUAUGACCGGAAGACGGUCAACAUGCUGAUGUCCUUCUGUGGCUCUCUUCACGUGUGCUUCAUCACACCGUCCUUCCCAGUUCAGACCAACAACCAGUUCGUACUGCAGUUGCGGCCCCAGCUGCAGGAGCCCCUCAUGGCCCUUUUGGAGCACUUCAAAUGGAAAAGGUUUGUCUACAUGUACAGCUCUGAUUCAGGUCUGACAGUGCUGCAGAGGAUCCUUGAUACAGCAGCAGAGCGCAGUUGGCAGGUUACUUCCGCUAACUUGGACACCAUGACAGAAAAGACCUUCAUCAAACUCCUGGCCGAUCUUGACUACAAGGAGGACUUUCAUAUCAUCAUUGACUGUGAACUGGAACGAUUGAACAACAUCCUCAACCUGAUUGCAGCUCAAAAGAGAAACUUGAAGAACUACCAUUACAUCCUGGCCAACUUGGGUUUUCUGGACCUGAAUGUGACAGAGUUUCAGAAGUUGGCACCAAAUGUGACAGGCUUCCAGCUGGUGAACCGAACCUGCCCAGCUGUGGAGAAAAUCAAUGAAGACUGGAUGGGCUUUGACAGCAAAGACCUCAAACUGACACGAAAGAGACUCAAGUACACAGGAGCUCUGACCUACGACGGCGUCAACGUCAUGGUGAAAGCUUUUCAAAACCUGCGCCGGCAGCGCAUUGACAUCUCUCGCCGUGGUAAUGCAGGGGAGUGUCUGGCCAACCCACCAGCACCAUGGGGACAAGGCAUCGACAUCCAGAGAGCUCUGCAGCUCUUUUUGCAGGUUCGUCUUGAAGGACUGACUGGUCACGUUGAGUUUAAUGAGCGAGGACAUCGCACCAACUACACCUUGACUGUGAUGGAGCUCAGCCACAUGGGGCCCCGGAAGAUAGGCUUCUGGAAUGAGAAGAGAGGCUACGUGCAUACACCCGUCUCCCGGCUGGCGAAAGAAGAGCUGGUUAAUCUUCUGAACAAAACCUACAUUGUCACCACCAUAUUGGAAGCUCCCUACAUGAUGCUGAAGAAGAACCACGAGCAGUUUGCAGGAAAUGACAAGUACGAAGGUUAUUGUGCUGAACUGGCAUCUGAGAUUGCCAAACAUGUUGGCUUCACCUACCAGCUACAACUGGUGGGAGACGGAAAGUAUGGAUCCAGAGACCCGGAGACAAAGCAGUGGAAUGGCAUGGUGGGAGAACUGGUCUAUGGGAAGGCAGACAUGGCCGUCGCCCCUCUGACAAUCACUCUCGUCCGAGAGCAAGACAUUGACUUCACCAAACCCUUCAUGUCUCUGGGAAUCUCCAUCAUGAUCAAGAAACCAACCAAGUCCAAGCCAGGCGUUUUCUCCUUCCUUGACCCGCUGGCCUAUGAGAUCUGGAUGUGCAUAGUUUUUGCCUACAUUGGAGUCAGUGUGGUGCUCUUUCUGGUGAGUCGUUUCAGUCCCUAUGAGUGGCAAGGUGAAGAGUCCGAUGAAGAAGCUGAAACUGUUCCAGAUUCAGCAUCUCGACGAGUUCCUCCCUCUUCAUACUCAGAAGACCCUCACUCUCCAGGUCACUCUCAGGCUCAGAAUCAGAACCAGAACCAGCAGAAAGAUAAAGAAACUCCUGAACACAAUAAUGACUUUGGGAUCUUUAAUUCUCUCUGGUUCUCACUUGGGGCCUUCAUGCAGCAGGGCUGUGACAUCUCCCCCAGAUCCCUCUCAGGUCGAAUUGUUGGAGGGGUGUGGUGGUUUUUCACCCUCAUCAUCAUCUCUUCCUACACAGCCAACCUGGCAGCUUUUCUCACUGUGGAGAGAAUGGUGUCCCCCAUCGAGAGCGCAGAAGACCUGGCCAAGCAGACCGAGAUCGCCUAUGGUACGCUUGAAGGGGGCUCUACCAAAGACUUCUUCAAGAGGUCAAAGAUUGCUGUGUUCGAAAAGAUGUGGUCAUACAUGCGCAGUGCAGACCCGUCUGUCUUCGUAAAGAGCACUAAUGAGGGGGUAAUACGAGUCAGAAAGUCAAAGGGGAAGUAUGCCUACUUACUUGAGUCCUCCAUGAACGAAUACAUCGAGCAGAGGAAACCCUGCGACACCAUGAAAGUAGGAGGAAACCUUGACUCUAAGGGUUACGGAGUGGCCACUCCCAAAGCAUCGCCCCUCAGACUGUCUGUCUCUUGUUAUCUGUUAUGCCUGUAUUACUGCUUCCUGCCUGUAUGCCUUUACAUGCACCAACAAUUAGUCAUAAUCAGUGUCUCCAUCUGUCUCUGUCUUUCUCCUGCUGUCAGGUAACACUGAGCCUCAGCUUUAGUACAUUUUAUUUCAAUAAAAAAUUAAGACCACUUACUCUUGACCUGCAUGUGGUCAGAUUAUUUAGGAGAAACAAUACCCAACUAUGUUUAUUUACACUGACUUCAAUGUUCAAAAUAAAUGACCAAGACGGCAUUGCAAUUUCUGAUACCAAUGAUGAACAAGUGUUCUUGGAAAAAGUUAAGCUGUAAAAUAAAAUUGAGCAAGCUAUUUCUACAAUGUUCAAUUAGGUUUUGUACAUUUGAGUUUGUAGUUGGCUCAAAUGCAAACAGCAGCUCAGAAGGCUUAGGUUCAUUUAAUGAUAAAAUGUUAAAAAUAAUAGAGACAGGCAAUGAGAAGACCAGGACAAGGAACUAGACAGGAUGCAGCAGAAGGAACCAGCAAAGAGAAAUGAAAAUCACAGAGCUAAUGUUUUUCACUCAUGAAAAACAUUAGCUCUGUGUGAAGAGUCGAUGCUGUCUCUGGCUAUUAACUGCUGUCAUGCAGUUGGAAGGAAAUGGUGGCGUGUUGGACCAGGUGAGCACAAUCAGGGAGGAAAACUCAGCAGCUCCUGCAAAUGGGAGCAGGAAGAGGACAAAGCAGUUCAUGAACAUAGAUAAUACACAGAGAGUUUAAAUUAGAAACAAAAGACAAAUUGCACAGUUUAUCAGAAAGUUUAAAAGUUUUAAACCAACUUUAAAAAGUUCAUAAAUGAUACAAAUGAUUUAGUCCAUAAGUGCCUUUGCACUUAUGGACAAAUAAAUUGGAAGAAGUUGGCUGAAUACAUUUAGCAAAAUAACACAUGAAAAUACAACAUUAAUCACCAAAAUGGACACAAAUUCCAGUCUAAAAUAUUCUUCAGUUGUUCAGGAAAUUCAUAGCAGUAUGAACUAUUAAAGAACUAUUAAUAGAUAUUAGAUAACUAUUUUAAAUAGUUAUUUAUUAAUCAUUUCUGAUUUCUAAAACAUGUUUCAUUUAAAAAGGUUGAUGUCCACGGAUUAUUAUCCCCAACAUUGCUUCUCGCUGUGGCAGCCUUGUUAGAAAAAACACUGUUGUCAUCAUAUAAACGGGUUUUUAUCGUGACAGGACAAUAUUUUUCUCAAUACCUUAAUAAGAACCACAAGAUCUAAAUUAGAGCUACAAGACAUUGAUUUUUAAUAAGCAUAGAUAAUCACUGCUUCUUUAUCUGAUGAUAUUAAAUAAAAGGCAAUGGCAGCAUAGCACAAAGCAAACAUCUUUUAAAAAGCUUUACGUUGAAAUCUUUGAUCAUUUUGUCAGAUGUUUACAUUGAUCAUAGAAUUCAAAUCUUCAUAAAAAAGACAACAAAAAUAUGAGGUUGGAAUCCUAAUAAAUUGAACAUGUUUCCCCAUAUUGAUCAA